CUACAAAAUGCUACUAAACUUACCUCUGGAGAUCGUUGACAAACUGUUCGGUUACCUGGACGAGAAGGACCAACUGAAUUUUGCCGACUCACACCAAAAACUUGGAAGCGCACUUCUCUUCCAUGCUUGCGGACGAUACGCAGAACUUGACUGUUCCAAAUUCACAGACGACGAACUGAAAGUCAUUCUGGCAACGUGUGGAUACUCUGUAGUCAAAAUUAACAUUGAUCUCCUUGUUGGGACGUCAGUUAUAGAACUUGUGCCAAAGUAUUGCUCUCAAUUGGCACGCGCUCAAUUGUGUGUAUCAAAUGGGAAUAUCACCGCAAUCAAAUCCAUUUUAAGCAUUAAAGACCUCGAAUUCAUUCAGAUUUGGAGUCCGGGACAUGUGGAAUCGGAUAUUCUUCUUGACAUUAAUACAGGCUGCAAAAGAUUGGAAAUAUUCUGUAUUUCGAAUUCUGGGGUCAACCACUUACAGAGAUUGGAAAACCUGGAAUAUUUGACGAUUUAUUCGGACAGUAGCGCAAGCGUAAACCAUAUUCUUGAAGAAUGCGUUCAUCUGAAGAAACUUAAGACUUUAUGUGUAAUAACAGCAGAGGACAACACGACAUGUUCAGUGGAUCAUUAUCAUGAUUUAGUGUAUCCUCAAGUGGAAAGCCUUACAUUUAUGUUCUGCGGAUUAUGUGCAGUCUUGCCAUCAUGUCCGAAGCUCCGCUCGCUGACCCUGUUUUGCAACGAAUGUCGUAACGUUAGCAUUGGACAAAUCAUCGCAAAAUAUGCACUCACAUUGGAACGUCUGACAGUACAGUUAGAGGGGCCGCAAAUCAACGGAUUUCCUGCAGAGGUUUUUCUGGAAGUUCUUGGAGAAUGCAAAAACUUGCAGUCUAUUUCCAUGGGGACCAUUAAUGUCAUAACGGAUGUGUUAAACGGACAUCUAGACGCCCUCAUGAACAUUUUAAUGGCGAAUGGUUUCAAUGUACACCGUCGUUUUUUAGUGACUACCGGGUCCUCGAUUGCCCAUGAACAGAUGCUGAAAUUGGUGAUUGUUUGGAUCAGAGAUGAGACAAGAGACAUGAGAGAUAAAAGUGAACACUUUCUAUUGCAGGAGACUGAUUACAUAAGCUCCGAAAUAUGGAAUUUACUUAGUUUCCAACUGAAUAAUUAGAUAUAUUCUUGAUUCCUUCGGAUGGAGCCUCCUUAGUUGAUUCCAAAUUCAAAGAAAAAACAUGCUAACAAAAUGAUCUCAAGCUCUUCAAAUGUUCCCAGACCCCCAAAAACUACCAGUCUACCAAUGUACGAGUCUGUGUCGAUCGAUUCCAAACAAAAGCAACAAACGUUGAGCAUCAACAGAAAAUA